CACUCCCCCUUCUCUCUAGUCACAGUCAGACACAAGCAGACUGGUUGAGUGGCAACACACUAUGAGAGGGGGGAAAAAUCUGUGGAAUUGGAAUGAGCUGUUUAAGGGAGCCCUAGCUAGUCUCCCUCUCUGAGGAAGUGGGAAACGUGAGAAAAGCAGCGCCUAUUCUCUGUGAGUAGUUCUGAAAGGAGCACGAGGGGAAAAUACCAUAUCUAGAAAAACGACUCCCUUCAAACCCCUGGAGCUGUGACUGUCCUGAGGAGAACACUCCUCUAACACAUACUCGCCAACGGACUGUGGAGGCGUGAGAAGAGCCGUGGAGAGGAGCAGCUGACGUUAAACAGACAAAGCACAAGGAAGAAGAGAGUAAAAAAGAGCGAACGGGAGGAGAAAAGAUGGAGGCCUUGCUUCCUGUGUUACAGCGGCACCCUGGACUGUCUGUGUUGGUGUGCGCUCUGAUGUUCCGGGUGGCCCACAGACUACUACAGAACCUGCCUGUGCCCAAAGUGGUGGCGGUGGAUGACUUCCGCUCCUGGAAGUGGAGGAACCUCUCGGUCUCUAUGGUCCACUCCCUCCUGACAGGGACUUGGGCUGUGACCUGUGUGAUCAUUUGGCCUGAGAUGGCAACCAACAUUCACUCCUUCUACACGGCCCCGGCCUACAUGCUCAUCUGCAUCUCAUCAGGAUACUUUGUGCAAGAUGCAGGUGACAUCCUCCUAACUGGACACGCAAGAGGAUCCUGGGAGUUCUUAAUUCAUCAUGUCCUGGUGCUCUGGUGCUUCCUGUAUGCUCUGUACUCGCACCUCUACGUGGCCGGUACUGUGGUGGCUCUCUUCGUGGAGGUUAAUAGUGUCACCCUGCAUUUGAGGCUAAUGCUGAAGCUAGCAUCACAGCAGUCGUCCCCUCUGUACCAAAUCAACAAAUUCCUCAACCUCUUCACCUACGUUGUCUUCCGCCUCAGCGCCCAGUUCUACCUCACGUAUUACAUCAUCCAGAACUACUCCUGGUUGGACAAAGGAGGCUACUUCCUGAUUACCAUGACCCUCAUGAAUACCAUGAUCCUGGUCUACUUUUAUCGUCUUCUCCGCGCCGACUUCUUCCCCCGGAGCAGGGCUCACGUGGAGCAAAAUGGCACCCGCAACAACAACAUCAAAAGAUUCCUCACUGAAUGACACGGAGAGCGACAUGGCCGUAUACCAGCUGUUGCGUUUGUGUUUUAUUGUUGUUGGUUUGUUCGGUUACUGAUAUUGUCGUGGAAAUUCCAAAGGUCGUGGAAAUUAUUUUACACAGGGACACUCGAAGUCAAUCUUAAAUGAAUCAUAGUUUGUUUGUCAGCACGCUGGAGAGCUUCCAACCAACUCAAUGCACCAUAAUACACAUGUAUGUCAGAAGCUCUGCUGGGGCAGUCCCAGCAGUCAUCUUAUAUAUGGCUAUACACAGACAAGUUAUAUUUGCAUGAUUUAGCAUAAUUAAUUCAUCAUUACCGUUUUGUUUCCUCCAUGUGACCGACUGGUUCAUAACAUGUAACAGACCAACACUCACUAGGCUUCUUCUCUCUAAGCUGAGACCUUGAAACUGAGAUAUAUUUCAUUCUCAAAACAAGGUCUGGGAAUACUGCCAAAUUGCAGCUACUGAUAGUGAGGAUUCUUUCAGUCAGCCACUUGCAUGAACACAGAAAUUGGUUUAUAGAACAACACAUGAAUAGAACAUAGAAAUGUAUAGAAUAGAAAAGCACCAACAUUAAAAUGUCCAUCACAAUAUCAUUCCUCAAGACAUUUCAUCUGGUUGCAUUUUGUCAUCACAACAACAACAAUAACAAAGCUCUGUGUCUCGACAGCUCGCGUUGAAGUGAGAGGCAGCCAGGAAAGGAUGGGGACAGUGGUACAUGCCCUAUAGUGAUGCUUCUCUACUGAUGAUUGUGCCCACUGUGGCUGAUGAUCCGUCACAGACACCCAAACAGGGCAGCAUACAGUGAGAGACUGGUCUGUUCACACUGACUGGGAGAAUCCUACUAAAUUACCUCCAGGAUACUGUGCCACUUUUGCUUCUGAUCAUAGCUAAUACCUUUGUUUAGAAUAUAGGAAUUUAUAUGAUUCAUGUGGAAUGCUCUUUAACAGAAAAAAUACUUAGAAAUGCUAACAUAAUUUGGUGGGGAAAAAAAGUGUAUAUAUAUACAGUAGAGAAACAAACUGCCAAAGAUAACAGGCACCACCUUGGUGUUGUACAUCCCACCCCACAAAUAAUGUCAGGUGUAGCUUAGCAACAUCGUUUUAUUGAAAUUUCCACUAAUAGGCUUUUGUAAAUAUAUUAUAUUCAUAACUAUGGUACAAUCAAUAUAUCUGACACUAACAAACUGUCAGACAAUACAUCCGUUUUACUUUCAUUCUUCCUUGCUUGGUCUCACCAGGUCAACACCAAUACAUGGGUGACCACCAUUCUUACAUGUUUCAUGAGCUGAAAUAAAAGAUCCCAGAAAUGGUCCAUAUGCA